CAGCGACUGAUGCUCGGAUACUUGGCACUGCGAAACAACCAUUGUGUGUAGAAAGGCAAUUCAGUACGUGAGAACAAUGGGCAGACUCUAGAUGAAUAUUUUAGAUUGUAAUAACUAUUACAUGCUCUGCUAACCAUGCAGAGUAUUGUCGCUGCCAUGUAUAAAGAGUACUGCGUUUGUUAGAGGAUGUAGUAUUUUGAGAGCUACAGAUGGAGAAGAUUGUGUUUUACGAGGACCAGGACUUCCAUGGAAAGUCCUACGUCUGCAAAGGGAACUCGACGGACCUGCAGGGCUUCAUCCGCCGCUGCAACUCGGUCAAAGUAGAGGGUGGAUGGUGGGUUCUGUACGAGCGCAACAGCUUCAUGGGCUACCAGUAUGUCAUUGGCCCCGGGGAGUACAAUGACUACCGUCACUGGAUGGGCUUCAAUGACUGUGUCAGAUCCUGCAGGAUCAUCAAAAACGUCAAAGGGAUUCACAAGCUGAAGAUGUUUGACCGGCCAAACUUUGAGGGCCUUUCUUUGGAGUUGACAGAAAACACAAACUCUAUCCAGGAGAAGUGGCUCGGACGUCAGGUCCAAUCCUGCAAGGUCCUGGAGGGCUCUUGGAUUUUUUAUGAACAUCCUAACUUCUGUGGGCGCCAGUACCUGCUGGAGAAAGGGGAGUACCGACACCACUCCGCCUGGGGAGCUCUGAAAUCAAAUGUGGGCUCCAUCAAAAUAAUCAUGGGGCUUUAAAAUUCAUCCAGUCUGUGAUAUUUAUUGUAAAGCAUUCCAAUAAAUGUAUUUGAUCCUAAUGCA